AUGUCUCAAGAUAUUGGGCCUGUGACACCAUGUCACGGCAUGUCACUGGUCAUCACACUUACCGAGGAUUGUGCAACACCAGUUGUAAUCGUACAGUACCGACAGCAUACUUUAGACCUUUCAGCUGAUCUCGUACAGGCAAAACUAGAAUCCCCAUUCAAGCCAACGAAGCGUAUUAUCGAUCGUUUCAUUAUUGUAACUUUGGAGACCGCCGCCGUCACCCUGAUCACGACUCUUGUUCAACUAAUUUUAUAUUCAAGACCUCCGACAAAUUCACUCAACCGAGUUGGAAUAAUCUACAUUCUGGGGGGCUUGUAUUCCAACGUGCUCCUUAGCGUUCUGAAUAGCCGGAGACGUGCUCGGCAUCAGCUAGUUGAACCCAGUCAAACGUUCAGCCUUAAUUUUGCUCAGCAAAGUAGUACGACGCCUCUGUCAUCCAUAUUCGAGGAAGCCCCAAGCAGCGAAGUAGCUAGUAAAACACAAAAAGAUGAGGAAAGCCAUGUCAAAUCCGAAAGCUCACCUCGACGUUGA